AUGAAAUAUAUAUUGGAAGACCAAGUAACCUUAAUCACAGGAGGAUCUCAGGGUCUAGGUAAACAAUUUGCUCAAAAAUAUUAUCAGGAAACUAUAAAUUCAAAGAUCAUUAUUGUAAGUAGAUCAGAAGAAAAAUUAAGAAAUGCUGUUACAGAUAUUAUAUUAACCGCUACAAAUAGGAAAAAACAAGAGGCUUUAUUAAGAAAUGAUGAACAAACUGUAAAUCUUUUAGAAGAUUCACGAAUGGAUAUUGACCCGAUUAUUAUUAAUGAGCAUACUUUACAUUCAACAAUUGCAGAUCACCGUUUAUUUUAUAUGCCGUGUGAUUUAUCAGAUUAUGAGUCUGUUGCAAGUCUUUUCCAAACUUUAACAAUGGUUAAUAUGUUACCAACUCAAGUAUUAUCUUGUGCAGGUGGUUCAACACCAAAAUUAUUUAAAGAUUUAUCAGGUUAUGAAUUAGAAAGUGGUGUGAGAAUGAAUUAUUUAACUGCAUUAUAUUUAUCACAUCAAGUCGCUAGAAUAAUACCAAAUUGUCAUUUAAUUCUAUUUUCUAGUGUCACUGCAUUUUUCCCUUUUAUUGGUUAUAGUCAAUACGCUCCAUUAAAAGUAUCACUGAAAGCUUUGGUUGGGAUACUUCGACACGAAUUGCCAUAUGCUCGUAUCUCUUGUAUAUAUCCUGGGAAUUUUCAAUCAGAAGGUUUUGAAUUAGAAGAAGUAACAAAACCUGAUAUUACAAAAUCUAUUGAAGGACCAUCAUAUCCGAUAUCAUGUGAAGAGUGUUGUGAUAAGAUUGUAUGGUGGUUAGAAAUGGGAUAUGAUGAUAUAACGACAGAUUUUAUUGGAUGGCUCUUAAUGUCAUUGGAUAUGGGAUUAAAUAAACAUAAUAAUAAAUCAUUCCUUUGGAUUUGUCAACUAUUGAUUGGAACAUUAGCAAAUUUAAUAAUUGUACCAAUAUAUAUGUUGAUUUGUUCCAUACAGAUAAGGUCAUGGCAUAAUAAACAAUCACAUCAAGAAUAA